GCGAAGUUUCAGCUGAUCAAGCUCUCGCUCCAAAACCCCAACACCCACCAAUUCAAAAUUCCUCCACUAUAAUAAAAAUCGGAAUCCAAUUCCUUUCACUCUUGAAAACAUAUCUGCAAAAGUUCCUUUCAUACUUAUCCUUUUCUCCUCUACUCCAAUUAUUAAAUUCCUCCGAAAACUCCCGAGCAAUUUCCUCACUACCGCACUCCUUCACUUCAAAAUCUCCGUUCCCCAAACCCCACUACCGCAAGCCAUCAAUGGCGGCUGCGUUCGUCGGAGGAGCUCUUCUCGGAGCCGUAUUCGGCGAGCUACUGAAAGCCGUCGAGGAAGUAACCAUCAAAACCGUAGAAUUCAAACCCCUCUUGAACCGACUCAAAUCGACCCUGAACCAAAUCACCCCAAUAAUCGAGGACAUCGAGAAGCUGAACCGGGUCCUCGACCGACCGAACAUCGAGACCGAGAUGUUCACCGACAAGUUGAAGGAAGGCAAACGCCUCGUGCUAAAGUGCGCCGGGGUGCGCUGGUGGAACCUCUACGCGAAACCCUUGCACGCCAAGAGGCUGAUCGCGUUCGAUAAUUCGCUCGUGAGGUUCUUUCAGAUCGACGUGACGGCACAGAUUUCGAGGGAUAGUAAGAAGAUUCUGGAAACGGUGAAUAGGAUUGACGGGAAGGUGGAAAGGAUCGGGACGAUGGUUGGGACGACGGUCGGGGGAGGGGUUUGUGAUAAUAAUCGGUUUGUUGGGUGCUGUUUGGUGCCGAGGGUUAGGGGGUUUGUGGUGGGGCUUGAGGAGCCGGUUAGGGAAGUGAAGGUGAUGGUGGUGAGUGGUGGUGAGCAGGUGGUGAUGGUUUCGGCGCCGGGAGGGUGUGGGAAGACUACGUUGGCGAAGAUGGUGUGUCAUGAUGAAGAAAUUAGAGGGAUGUUCAAGGAUAACAUCUUCUUUGUCACUGCUCCAAAGGUACCCAGCCUCAAGGUCGUAAUUGAGACCCUAUUUGAGCAUAGGGGUUUUCGGGUGCCUGAGUUCCAGACGGAUGAAGAAGCAAUCUACCAAUUAGAACGCACGCUGAAGCAGUUUGGACCUAAUCCUCUAUUGUUGGUCUUGGAUGAUGUAUGGUCUGGGUGGGAAUCACUUAUUGAGGAUUUGACAACUCAAAUCCCAGAAAUUAAGAUUUUGGUCACAUCCCGAUUUGUUUUUCGAAGAUUCGAGUCUACUUAUAGACUGGAACUGCUAAGCGAUAAAGAUGCCAUGGCUCUUUUCCGUCAUUCAGCAUUUCCACAGGAUGGAAGAUCUUCUGUACCUGAUGAUCUUGUGCAUAAGAUAGUGAGAGACUGUGGUGGAUUCCCACUAGCCCUUGAAGUGGUUGGCCGAUCCCUCCGUGGCCAACCUAAGGAGAUCUGGAAGCGAACGCUGAAGCAGUGGUCUGAAGGAAAAUCUAUUUUUUCUUCAGAUUCUAACAAAGAAAUUUUAAUCCGUCUCCUAAGCAGCGUAAAUUCAUUGGAUGAAAUGUACAAGGAGUGUUACCUGGACCUGGCUUCAUUUCCUGAAGAUCAAAGGAUCCCUGCCACAGCACUUAUAGAUAUGUGGGUGGGACUGUAUAACCUAGAUGAAGAUGGUGAGGCCAUUGCCAUUCUCCAAGAACUGUCCAUGCGGAGUUUGAUUGGCGAAGUCUUUACGAGGAAAGAUGCAAGUGAGAUCAGUGGCUAUUAUAAUGAGCAUUUUGCGACCCAGCAUGAUCUACUUAGAGAGCUAGCUAUCCAUCAGUGUAGCCAAGAGCUCGUAGAGAAGAGGAAAAGAUUGAUAAUUGAAAUAGAAGGCAAUGAUUUCCCCUGGUGGUGGAUUGAGCAAGGGCAGCAUUCCAUUUGUCCCCGCCUCGUGUCUAUAUCAACAGAUGAAAGGUUCUCCUCAAACUGGCAUGACAUGCAUCUACCGGAGGCUGAAGUUCUAGUGCUGAACAUCAAGACAAGGAACUACACUUUGCCCCAGUUCAUGGAGAAAAUGGACCAACUGAAGGUUUUAAUUAUCACCAACUACGGUUUUUCCUCUUCUGAGAUACAGAACAUUCCUCUGCUUCGUUAUUUAUCCAGCCUGAAGAGAAUCAGAUUUGAGCAUGUUUUCAUCUCUUCCAUCAGUGAUUCCAUACUAAAACUGAGAAACUUGCAGAAGAUAUCCUUUAUCAUGUGCGAAAUUUCUGAGGCUUUUCGCAAAUGUACCAUCCAGAUCCCAGAUAUGUUGCCAUAUCUUUCCGAGAUUGUUAUUGACUACUGUAACGAUUUAGUUGAAUUUCCAGCUUGUCUCUGUGAAAUCCGAUCUCUUAAGGAGCUCAGCAUCACUAACUGCCAUGAGCUAGUUACAAUUGCUGAAGAAUUUGAGAAGUUAGAAAAUUUAAAAGUGCUAAGGCUUCAUGCCUGUACAAAACUGUUAGAGCUGCCAGAGACGAUUGGAAGCCUUGAGAAACUGGACUUCCUUGAUAUUUCUGACUGUAUAGGCAUGAGUAAAUUGCCUGGACAAAUGGGUGAUUUAUGUGGUCUAAGAAAGAUCCACAUGACUGGUUGUUGGGGAUUGUCUGAGUUGCCGUUGUCUGUGAAGGGUCUUGAGAAAUUGAAGAGUGUCACGUGUGAUGAAGAAACUGCCUGUCUGUGGCAGGAUUUUGAGGAUUAUCUUGACGAUUUGGAGAUACAUGUGCAUAAAGAAGAUGUCAACUUAGAUUGGCUGCAUGAUAAUUAGGCCUUGAGAAAUCAUAGUUUGGGAAAAUGGUGGACAUCCCUUUGUUAUGCUUUUUGACUAUGAAGCAUAGAUAUGGAUACGGGAUACAGAUACGACACCAUAUGGGUACGGUGAUACGGCAAAACUCAAAAAAUAGGAUAUGGAUACGUUGGGCAUACAUCUGUCUAGGUUAUUUAUUUUUAUAAUUAGUAGUCCUCUUCUACGCGUAAAUAGACAAAAAUAUAUGUAGAUGUACUGUAUACAUUUAUUCGUCAUUGGUUCAGUAUAUAUAUGCAUGUAAUAGGUAAAAUAUAGUAAAAAGGAGUUAAAUACAAGGUAUGAUGUUUAUACUAUAUGUAGUGACAAUCGAGAUAUGUCUUGUCUUUUUCGGUGUUACUGUGUGACUGCAUUUUUUAGAGAGAGAGAGAGAGAGAGAGAGAGAGAGAGAGAGAGAGAUCCUGCGAAGAGUUUUAUAUGCAUAUAUUAUAUUUACAGUUUGCCCCUUUAAAAGAAUUUCAUUUAACCCUCGUUGUAUUCCAAAAGUAUCCCCAAGUAUCCGCGCGUAUAAAAAUAUGUUUUCGUAAUUAGAAAUAUUUAAAUAAAUAUAUGAUACUUAUUUGGCAUAUCCAAUAGGGGCAUAUUGGUACCCGAUACGCGUAUGCGACUAGUUUUGGAGUAUCGGUGCUUCAUUGCUAUUUGAUCAUCGCUAUCCUUUUUCGCAGGAUUGGAUGAGGUUUGUUCCCUCUAACUGUUCUUCGGGUCAUAUGCGUCCGACAGAGAGACGGGGCUGUCACUAUUAGAGGCAACAAAAAUCUGCAAUUUCGUUUGUUCUCCUUCCGUCUGCUUCGUGUAUGACAACUUCGGUGUUGAAGGUACAAUCUUCAAUGCUCGUCCUGGCCACAAUCUUCCCAUGGAAUCACAGCCCCCUGGAUACAUUUCAAAGCAGGAUCUCUGGCGGUAAGCACAAUAAACUGAUUAUGCUCCUCCAAUGUUGUCUAAGGGUCGUGUUUUGCACCAAAGAGGGACGUGGCCUCAAAUUUCCGGAGUAUCAUGUCAUGAAGAUCCCCAUCUUCUUUUCAAAUGGAGUUUUGAAUAUGUUGGAAAAAGAAGAUGGUAGAAUGCUUCAAUGCACAUUUCAAAAAGUUGCUUUCCUCGGAGACUAUUUGCCUCAAUGAAUUCUCACGAAUUCGGGAUACAUUGGAAACCCAACACACCUCUAAGAUAUAAUGAAUUUCAGAAUUCAAUCUAAUCUGUGACUGCAGUUGCACACACAAUAUCAAACCCGAAUUACCCAAUAGUUUUCCACAAUGCCAAGAAGCAGGAUGUUUGUUUUUGCAGAAAACAAACUCUAGGAACAAGAGCAAAGUCUUCCAACAGAUUGCUUCAUUGAAAUUGAUAUUGCAUCUUCUCCAUCUUGUACUGCUUUUCUCUCCGUAUCAAACAUGUUCAUACGCAAGCCUCUUUAUGUGGCUUCCCCUCCCCUUGGUUCCGGAUCCUUUGCCAGCCCCUUGCUUUGCUAUAGCUGUCUAAGCAAGAUGCCAUGUCGGCAUGACCUAUUUAAUAAUCAACCAUUCUUCUUGCACUGGAAUGUCUGAUUAGUGGGGUGUUCAAACCCUUGAUAAACUACCUUGCGCCUUGCUUCGAAUAAAUAUAAAGAAUUCACUGUUUUCUUGGCACUUUUUUUUGUUCAAAUUAAUUGUUUAUUAACUCCAUCACUCAAAUAAAAGGGGAUAGACAUAUAGAGUACAAAA